AUUAGAACUAUUACAAUAACAAUGCUACAUUUAUUCUUGAAAUUUGUACCUAUUAUUAAAGAGAAUAAUAUAAAGUUAUACUGUAAUAAGAUACUCUCAAUUUGUUAGUUAUAAAAAUUGAGUUACAUGAAUAGAUUGCUUAAGAUUUUUAAAAAAUUUCGUGACAAAUACUUCAUGACUGGAAAUAUGUGACUAAUAAACCUUCAAUUUGAAUGUGAUAAGUAUAAUUGUACCCUAUUAUUAAAUUUUUUACUUCCGAAAUGAAAUUCAGUGUAACACGAUCACGUUUGUGUUUUAUAUUUGUACACGAGUUAAACAGCAUUCAAUAUAUUAACGAUCUUUUAAUGAUUUAUUAAAGCAGUUCUAAUAUUGUAAUAAAACAAGACUCAGUUUAAAAAGUUUUAAAUAUCAUAUGUAUAUUUCAUUAACUUGAAACCUGAUUUCUAAAGUUUUUAGGUUAGGCAGUACAUUUAUAAGACAUAUUGUUAAAAUGGUAACAGAUCAAACACAAAUAAAAUAAAAAGUCAUUUUACACAUUCCAUAAACUUUUACACGUAUAGUUUAAAAAACUUGUAAUUAUGAUCUUAAAUCGAUUAAAUUUAAAUCGACGCGGUUUUCAAUUGGUUGAAAAUCUGUUAAUCGCCCGGACACAGUGUAUAAAAGAUUAUGUUUUUCAAAGACGAAUACCAGAUGUGUUUGGAAUUUCAAAUUGUAACGUCCACAUUUCGACUACCUGUUGCUUGUCUAAACUCAACAUGACGGGAAUUAUUUAUAAAAAUAUCUGGGAAACAGACCCAGAACUUUUUGAAGUGAUAAAAAAUGAAAAGAAGAGACAAGAAUCUGGACUUGAAAUGAUUGCUAGUGAAAAUUUUACAUCUCUCAGCGUACUUCAAUGUUUGAGUACUUGUCUUCAUAAUAAAUAUAGCGAAGGUCUUCCUGGUCAAAGAUAUUACGGAGGAAACGAAUACAUUGAUGAAAUUGAAUUAUUAGCACAGAAACGUUCUUUAGAUGCAUUUAAUUUAAAUCCAGAAGAAUGGGGUUGUAAUGUACAACCUUAUUCAGGAAGUCCUGCUAACUUUGCAGUUUAUACAGGUUUAAUUGAACCCCAUGGUCGUAUCAUGGGAUUAGAUCUUCCUGAUGGAGGUCAUCUUACUCAUGGUUUCUUUACUUUGAACAAAAAAGUUUCUGCAACAUCAAUAUUCUUUGAAUCAAUGCCAUAUAAAGUGAAUCGUAAAACAGGUUUAAUUGAUUACGAUCAGUUGGCUGAAGAAGCAAGAUUGUUUAAACCUAAAAUUAUAAUAGCCGGUGUAUCCUGUUACAGCAGAUGUCUAGAUUAUAAACGAUUCAGAGAAAUAGCAGACGAAAAUAAUGCUUAUCUUUUUAGUGAUAUGGCUCAUAUAUCUGGCUUAGUUGCAGCUGGAAUAAUUCCUAGCCCAUUUGACUAUAGUGAUGUUGUAUCUACUACUACCCAUAAAACUUUAAGAGGGCCUCGAGCUGGAAUUAUCUUCUUUCGUAAAGGAGUUAGAAGUAUUGGCAAAGAUGGAAAAAAGAUCAUGUACGACUUGGAAGAUAAAAUUAAUCAAGCAGUAUUCCCAGGACUACAAGGAGGUCCUCAUAAUCAUGCAAUUGCAGGCAUUGCUACAGCAAUGAACCAAGUUAAGUCUCCGGAAUUUCAUCAAUAUCAGAAACAAAUUAUUGCUAACGCAAAGAGAUUGUGUUCAGGACUUCAAGAUUAUGGCUAUAAUAUUAGUACAGGUGGUACUGAUGUUCACAUGUUAUUAGUAGAUUUACGAUCUGUUGGAGUAUCAGGAGGUAAAGCAGAAGCAAUUUUAGAAAGUAUUUCUAUUGCUUGCAAUAAAAAUACAGUACCAGGUGAUAAAAGUGCACUAAAUUGUAGUGGCAUCAGGCUUGGAACACCUGCAUUAACCACUCGUGGUUUAGUUGAAAAAGACAUUGACAAAGUCGUUGACUUCAUACAUAAAGGAUUGCAACUUGCUAAAGAAGUAUCUAAUAUUUCUGGUCCUAAACUUGUUGAUUAUAAAAGAGUAUUAAAUACUGAUGUUAAUAUUAAAUCAAAGGUUGCAGCUUUAAAAGAAGAAGUUGAAACUUUUUCUAGACAAUUUCCGAUGCCUGGUUAUGAAAUAUAUUAAUAUUAUGAUAUUGAACAAUGUUUUGUUACAUUCGAUAUGGUUACAAGAAUUUGUUUUUAUCAAUUUUCUAUUACUUUUUAUAAACAGUUUUAUACAUAUUAAUUACUUACAAAAAACAUAAAUGUAUGCAUAUGUAGAUCUGAUGUGAAGUAUGUAUUUAUGUAAUAUUUUUGCAUCUAUACAUUAUGUAAAAAAUACUCAUUAUGAAUACAGUAGGAAAUGAAUACAAGAAAUCUUGUGCA